AACGGGUAAAUAAAUCAAUUCAUUGUUUGAAAGACAGUAUAUGCAUUGUUGUAGAAGUAGGAAGGAGGAGAACAAUGGAAGGAAUUGGGUUUGGGAGGGGAUCAGGCCCAAAGGUCGACCCGAAGUUGCCGAACCCUUUUGAUUCACUUCGCCAUCCUUCUCCCCCCUCCGCCGCUGUUCGACCCACCAGGGGACCUGAAGCUGCAAAUAGGGUGUCCACACCUCCUCCUGCUUUUGUAAACCCCACUCAUGCUAAUAGAACUCUAUCUGCUGGAGUCCAAAGGACCAUUGAAUCUCCUCUUAAAUGGGAUGAUGGGCAAAGAUCUCCCUUAAAAGAGUAUGAUGCCCAAACUCAUCCUAGACCAACUGCUGCUAUGUCCUUAAUUGCUAGACGUGGUUCUGAAACAAGUGUUUCAGCUAAGAUUACCCAAUUCCCAGAGCUGAAGAGAACUAGAUCUCCUACAUCCUUCUCUAGAAAUGAAGAUGUAUCAAGAUACUCUAGUCAAGCUUCCUUUCAAAGCAAUUUGGAAUUGGUUGUGCAUAACUAUGGUCACUCAUUUCCACCAACAACACAAUCACCUUCUUCAGCUUUGGGAAGCAAAUUUCAUCCUACAGCUGUCAGUUCUCAAAGGCCUGGUUUACAAUCCUCUGUGCAGCAGGAUAAGCAUGCAAAGUUGCCUGCCAAUCUUCCAAACCUAUUGUCUCGUCAGAACCAAUCUUUGCCCUCAUCUUAUGUAAAUCCCUUUUUUCAUAGAAAAAGCCCUGCCAAUCAACUGACUGAUAUCCCAAAAGGUAUCCGAUUUCAACCUAUGGAAUCUGCUAAGGAAGUUUCUGAGGAGUAUCCUCAGUUUGUUCAAAAUGAUCCUAGAAGGCCUUCAGCAUCACCUCCUAGGUUGGGUGCUACUUCAAAUGUUCUUUUAAACACACAUGAUUCUCGAAUUUCUCAAAGGGACUUGCCUAUGCAGAACAAUAAAGUUUCUACCAUGGACAAAAUCACCUCCUUGCCAGUUUCUAAAAGAACAAGGUCUCCUCCUUUAGCAUUACAAGAUGAAGUUUUGCUGGCAACCUCUAGUAACAGGCAGGAUGAGAAUGAACGAGAAAUGCAAGCCAAGGCAAAGCGAUUGGCCCGCUUCAAACCUGAACUGAGUGAAGCUGUGGAAAUGAGACGAACUAAUAAGUUAGAUGAAAAGAUUUCUGCAAAUAGACAUCAGCAAUCCAUGGAGGAGAGGAGAAAAUUUGUUGGGGAUAAUUCAACAGAAUCAGCUGGGGAUUUCAUUGAAGGCAAUGCAUCAUCUGACUUUGAAGGCUUGGAAACUUCCAGCGUUAUUGUUGGGUUAUGUCCAGAUAUGUGCCCAGAGUCAGAAAGAGCAGAAAGAGAAAGAAAAGGGGAUCUUGACCAGUAUGAACGUUUGGAUGGUGAUAGAAAUCAAACUAGCAAAUUCCUAGCUGUUAAGAAGUAUAAUAGGACAGCAGAGAGAGAAGCAAGUUUGAUACGGCCCAUGCCAGUCCUGCAGAAGACAAUUGAUUAUCUGCUAAAUUUACUAGAUCAGCCUUAUGAUGGCAGGUUCCUUGGAAUAUAUAACUUCUUGUGGGAUAGGAUGAGAGCUAUUCGAAUGGAUUUGAGGAUGCAGCAUAUUUUUGACCAGGGGGCUAUUACAAUGUUGGAGCAAAUGAUAAGGCUUCACAUUAUUGCCAUGCAUGAAUUAUGUGAAUAUACCAAAGGAGAGGGCUUUGCUGAGGGAUUUGAUGCACACCUCAAUAUUGAACAGAUGAACAAAACAUCUGUUGAAUUAUUUCAAAUGUAUGAUGAUCACAGGAAGAAAGGAAUAAAUGUGCCAUCUGAGAGGGAAUUUAGAGGUUAUUAUGCACUUCUCAAACUUGACAAACAUCCUGGUUAUAAAGUUGAACCUGCAGAGCUCUCAUUGGAUCUUGCAAAGAUGACUCCUGAAAUAAGACAAACACCAGAAGUUCUGUUUGCCCGUAAUGUAGCCAGAGCUUGCAGAACAGGUAAUUUUGUUGCCUUCUUUAGGUUGGCAAGGAAGUCUAGUUACCUUCAAGCAUGUCUAAUGCAUGCUCACUUUUCAAAGUUAAGAACUCAGGCCCUUGCUUCUCUACACUGCAGCCUCCAGGGUAACCAAGGUCUUCCUGUCAACCUUGUAGCUAGAUGGCUUGGGAUGGAGGAGGAAGAGGACAUAGAGAGCCUUUUAGAGUAUCAUGGGUUUUCUAUAAAGGAAUAUGAGGAACCAUACAUGGUGAAGGAAGGCCCACUUCUUAAUGCUGAGAGUGACUAUCCUACUAAGUGUUCCAGACUUGUUCAAUUGAAGAGGUUGGGAAGUAUUUCUGAGGAUGUGUCAGCUUCUUCUGAAAUGGUUUCCUUGCCUGUGGAAGCACCGAGAGAAAAGCAGCCGGAUAAAAUCUACAAGCAUGAUCCGAUAGUGACUGAUGUCAAAAAAGCUGAUGAAGAAAUGCCUGAUUGGGUGGUUAUUUCACCUCCAAAGGACCAGACACGAGUGCAGUUAAUGUCUGGGACUUCAAUUGUUGAUCAUAGAAGUCAAGAUGGGCAUCCCAAGAUUAGCACAUUCUCACUGUGGAAUCUCCCCAAAGCACAUAGUUCCCCUCGGUCCCAACCAGCUAAUAUUGAAGUUGUGAAGAAACAUGAUUUCAAAAUAUUUCCACAGAGAGGGAUGGAGGGCAUGCCAUCACAUAUUAUCUCAAGAACAACUCUUACUGAAAGAUCUCCUAGUGGUAAAUAUGAUAAUUCUGUGGAAAGCCCAGGUCCCCAAAGUACGGUAAUUGAUGAAUUAAAAUCUCAGCCAGACAGAUCCCCAAGUGAUAAAUACAAUAAUAAUGUUGAAAAUUUAGUACCUGAAACCAGGGCUGUUGAUAACUUUAAAUCUCCAGAGAGAUUAACAAGUGGUAAAUAUGAUUAUUACACUGUGGAAACUUCAGUACUUCGAGGUGUUACCAUUAAUGAGAUGGAAGAAGAUGAAGGACCUCUGGAUACUAGUCAAGAAAUUCAAACUGAUGUAGUUAUGACAAAUUGUCAUGAUGAAUUUGCUGAUGCAAAACUAAAAUUGAUUCUAAGGCUCUGGAGACGGCGCUCUGCAAGGCUAAGGGACCUACGUGAACAAAGGCAGUUAGUGGCUGAAGCUGCACUUAGUUCACUAUCAUUGGGACCACCAAUUCAAUAUAAUAAAAAUAGGGUCCCUGUGGGGGAGCUUGAUUUUGAUAAUGUUAUGAGGGAGAGAUAUGAAAAGCGUGAGAGAUCAUGGUCAAGGCUGAAUGUUUCAGAUGUGGCAGCAGGUAUAUUAGGACAAAGAAAUCCAAAUGCUAAAUGUCUUUGUUGGAAAAUUGUCUUAUGUUCUUAUGUUAAUGGGCUGGAAGGAGGUCCAUUAAUGCAGAAGAGCCAGCUUGCUAAUUGUGCAGCUGGUUCAUGGUUGUUCUCAAAGCUCAUGCCUUCUAGAGAAGAAACUGAUUGUGAUCUAAUAGCUUCAUAUCCUGGCAUGUCAAUAUGGAAGAAAUGGGUUCCUAGCCAAUCUGGCAUGCAUGAUAUGACUUGCUGCUUAUCAGUUGUGAAGGAGACAAAAGUUGAUAAUUUGAACGAGACAGUAAAUGGUGCAAGUGCAGUUUUGUAUCUUGUAUCUGAAAGGAUCCCAUGGAAGCUUCAAAAAGUUCUACUUCAUAACCUUAUGAUAUCAAUUCCUUCUGGUUCUAGUCUGCCUCUUCUGAUCUUAUGCGAAUCUUUCAGUGGAGAAAUUUCUGAUCCUUCAUCAAUUAUAGCUAAUGAAUUGAGCCUCCACGACUUGGACAAAUCACGAGUAAGCAGCUUUUCAGUUGUUUUCCUUGCUGGUAACCUGCAACUGGGACAACCAGAUGUCUUUUUCAGUGAUGAACAACUAAGGAAAGGACUGCAAUGGUUGGCGAGUGAGUCACCCCUACAACCUGCUUUGCAAAGCAUCAAGUUACGCAAACUUGUGAUGUCUCAAUUGAGUCCUUCAUUAGAGAUGCUGGACAAGAUGAGUGGCCAUGAUGUUGGUCCAAACCACUGCAUCUUUGCCUUCAACAAAGCAGUAGAUUGGUCAUUGGGAGAAAUUGUUGCUGCUGCAAAAGCAAAUCCUACCAGUUGGCCUUGUCCUGAGAUUAAUUUGCUUGAAGAUUCUAGUGAUGAGCAUUUGGUGGUGAAGUGGUACUUGCCAAGUGUAGGAUGGAGUUCAACUGCUGCAACAACUCCACUUGAAUGUGCAUUAAGAGAGUGUAGACUUCCUAGUUUUUCUGACGAUAUCUCAUGGUUGCAUAGAGGCUCUAGUUUUGUUCAAGAGAUUAAGAACCAGAGAGUACAGCUUCAAAAUUGCCUGAUUAGAUACCUGACACAAUCAAGCAAGAUGAUGGGUGUCCCACUAGCAACAGAAGAGGCAUGUAUUAUGCUACAGAGAAGCACACGUCUUGAACUCUCCAACUUGAGUUAUCAUGUAGUUCCAAACUGGGUUAUGAUUUUCCAACGGAUUUUCAAUUGGCGGCUAAUGAGUUUAUGUACUGGAGCCCCCUCUUCAGCUUAUGUUCUAGAGAGUCAUCUUUCUGAUAAGUUGGAAGAUUUGGAUAAGUUAUGCCUUGAACAUAGCACUCCACUUCAUUGUUUUAGACAACCAUCCCUGGAUGAAGUAAUUGAAGUUGGUUGUAGCCCCUUGAAAUCUGGGAGGGGUGAAUUCGAGACACAGGCUUUUCAACCUGAGAUAAUGUCCAAUGGUGAAAUUCAGAAUCCUGCCUUGACAAGCAUUUUAACAGAGGAUGAAGAAGAUCCUUCACAUAAAGGUAAACAACUAGUUGUUGCAGAGGACGUUACUCCCUUGACCACCAAGGUAAAUGACCAUAACGGUCAAACAUUUGCAGCUGUGGGAGAGUCCGAAAAGAUUAACAAGUUGUUAGAGCAAUGUAACAUGAUACAAAACAGUAUAGAUGAGAAGCUAUCGAUUUUCUUCUGACAUGCCAAUUGUGUUUGGACAGAACAAUUUUAUAUCUUGUAUAUGUAACCUCACUAUUGAAGAAGAUGAGGUUUUGUAUCAAAUAGUUUUUGCAGCAUGAGAAAUGUUUUUUGCACGAUGAGCUUCGCUUCUGUGAGCUUUCUGUUUCUGGCUUUGCAUAGUGAACCACCGAAUCAUUCACCUGCCUAAUUGUUGUGCAUCAUUGGAUAAUAGUCUGGGUUUUGAUUUGGACUGAUUCAGAAAGGAAGGACGCUUCCGGCAGCUCCAAUUGAGCAAGCCAUGUGGGUCAUCAUUUGGAGUUUGCAUACAUCACAAAUUUGUCAUCCUAUGAAGCAUGGUUAAGGAAAGAAACAAACCUAACCUCAUAAGAUAUUAAACAUGAUUGGAUGAGUUUUCAAUCAUUGAUUGGCGCAUAGAUAAAAGGACAAGUCCUAGACAAUCGCAUGCAUAUCAUCGUGUUCAUACAAAUAAUGGAACCCGUUGGAAAACACAGUUUACAACCACGGUAUCUAGUUUUCUGACUUUCUCAAUAGCAGGACACAAAACUUAAUCUGUACAUCGUUAAGAUCCUGCGCUGACAAACAAGAAGAGUUCUUCCGAACUGAGUGUGGAAAACAUAUCUUCAAGUUAGUGUUCAAUCAUUUCAUAAGCGAAUGUCCUUAGACUUGAGCUCAGACUUCAUUUGUUCCUCUUCAUGUCUGAAGUUUUGAAUUAAGCAGGCGAGGAGAGUGGUUUGUUUUCCUCUUCUUAGACCUCCAUGAAUUUAUGUGGUAGUAACGGUGUUAUGAGUAUGAUUCCUAAGAAAGCCAUUAAAUCAUG